AUGACAGUUGUUUUUGGUGGUGAUUUUCGUCAAGUACUACCAGUUAUUCCCAAGGGAACAAGAACUGAUAUCGUGUCAGCUUCAUUGAAGAAAUCAUACCUAUGGGAUUCUAUUAUUGUUCUCAAAUUGACACAGAAUAUGCGCUUGCACCAACCAGAUUGCACUCCACAUGAAGCUGCAGCUUUGUCUGAUUUCUCAUCUUGGGUUUUAUCAAUUGGAAAUGGCCAAAAUUGUUCAAUUAUGGUUGCAUCAACAUACCCAGACUUGCAACAUAAUUACUACAAUGUAGAGUACCUACAAGGAAGAGCCAUCCUAGCGCCCCAUCAUGAGAUGGUACGACAAAUAAACUCUUACAUGCUUAGCCAAAUUCCCGGUGAAGAUUCAACUUACUAUAGUUCAGAUUCGAUUGCCAAUGCGGAUGGAACUGGGAGUAUAUCAAAUCCUGAAUACCCGAUUGAAUUUUUAAAUACCUUGCAGCUUGGAGGCCUUCCAAACUAUGAAUUGAAACUCAAAGUUGGGGUCCCGGUCCUUUUGUUAAGAAACAUUGACCAAACUGCAGGACUAUGCAAUGGAACAAGGUUAAUCAUCAUCAGAUUGGGUCAAUGGAGUAUUGAAGCUAAAAUACUCACAGGCACACAUAUAGGUGACCAUGUUUUCUUGCCAAGGCGACAAUACCCGAUAGCAUUAUGUUUUGCCAUGACAAUCAACAAAAGUCAAGGACAAUCAUUGAAUAAUGUUGGAUUAUGCUUGCGGCACCAAGUAUUCUGUCAUGGUCAACUUUAUGUAGCAGUUUCAAGAGUAACAACUAGAAAAGGGCUAAAAAUUCUUAGCUGCAAUGACGAAGGUGAAGAGGUGAAGACAAUGAAGAACAUCGUUUUCAAGGAGGUGUUAAAUGAAGAAUAA